GGAAGCGGCUCUUCCUACCUUGCUCCGGCUCGGAGUGCGUCGGAACUGAGUUGCGGCGCUGCAGGUUCCAGCCCGGAACAGGCGACCAAGGCGCCUACGGAUUGGCAACAUGGCGCGGUCAGGGAAUAAGGCAGCUGUUGUGCUGUGUAUGGAUGUGGGCUUUGCCAUGAGUAACUCCUUUUCUGGUGAAGAAUCCCCAUUUGAAUUAGCAAAGAAGGUGAUGACCAUGUUUGUACAGCGACAGGUGUUUGCUGAGAGCAAGGAUGAAAUUGCAUUAGUGCUUUUCGGUACAGAUGGCACUAAAAAUGCCCUUGCUCACGAGGAUCAGUAUCAGAACAUCACAGUGCACAGACACCUGAUGCUCCCAGAUUUUGACCUGCUGGAGGACAUUGAAAGCAGAAUCCAACCGGGUUCUCAACAAGCUGACUUCCUGGACGCACUCGUCGUGUGCAUGGAUGUGAUUCAACAAGAAACUGUAGGAAAGAAGUUUGAGAAGAGGCAUAUUGAAGUAUUCACUGACCUCAGCAGCCCAUUCAGCAAAGAUCAUCUGGAUGCUAUAAUUCAUAACUUGAGGAAGUCCAGUAUCACCCUGCAAUUCUUUUUGCCUUUCCCAGUUGGCAAGGAAGAUGGAACUGGGGACGGAGGUGAUGGCAACUUGAGCUCGAACCGCCAUGGACCUUCCUUUCCUUUAAAAGAAAUUACUGAGCAGCAAAAAGAAGGUAUUCGGAUGGUGAAAAGGGUGAUGAUGGCUUUAGAAGGUGAAGAUGGGCUGGAUGAAAUUUAUUCUUUCAGUGAGAGCCUGAGACAACUGUGUGUCUUUAAGAAAAUUGAGAAAUCUUCCAUGGCCUGGCCCUGUCAGCUGACCAUUGGUUCCAAUUUGUCUAUAAGGAUUGUGGCUUAUAAAUCGAUUCAACAGGGGACAGCUAAAAAGUCUUGGACAGUUGUGGAUGCAAGAACCUUAAAAAAAGAAGAUAUACGAAAAGAAACCGUUUAUUGCUUGAAUGACGAUGAUGAAACUGAAGUUCCAAAAGAAGAUACUAUUCAAGGGUUCCGCUAUGGCAGUGAUAUCAUUCCUUUCUCUAAAGUGGAUGAGGAACAAAUGAAAUAUAAAUCGGAGGGGAAGUGCUUCUCUGUUUUGGGAUUUUGUAGAUCUUCUCAGAUCCACAGGAAAUAUUAUAUGGGAAAUCAAGUUCUAAAGGUCUUUGCAGCAAAAGAUGAUGAGGCAGCAGCAGUUGCCCUUUCCUCCCUGAUCCAUGCUUUGGAUGAAUUAGACAUGGUGGCCAUUGUUCGAUAUGCUUAUUGCAAAAACUCGAAUCCUCAAGUUGGCGUGGCUUUUCCUUAUAUCAAGGACACCUAUGAGUGUUUAGUGUAUGUGCAGCUGCCUUUCAUGGAAGACUUGCGGCAAUACAUGUUUUCAUCCUUGAAAAAUAAUAAGAAAUUCAUUCCCACAGAGGCACAGUUGAGUGCUGUUGAUGCUUUGAUUGACUCUAUGAGCUUGGUAAAGGAAGAUGAAGAAGAGGGUAGGAUUGAAGACUUGUUUCCAAACACCAAAAUCCCAAACCCUCAAUUUCAGCGAUUAUUUCAGUGUCUGCUGUGUAGAGCUUUACAUCCCCAGAAGCCUCUGCCUGCAAUUCAGCAGCAUAUUUUGAAUAUGUUGGAUCCCCCCACUGAGGUGACAGCGAGAUGUCAGAUUCCUCUCUCUAAAAUAAAGACCCUUUUCCCUCUGACUGAAGCCAUCAAGAAAAAGGAUCAAGUGACUGCUCAGGACAUUUUCCAAGACAACCAUGAAGAAGGACCCACCUCUAAAAAACUGAAGACUGAGGAAGGGGAAGCUCCCUUCAGCCUCUCCAGCCUGGCUGAAGGCCGUGUCACCAGGGUUGGAAGUGUGAAUCCUGCUGAAAACUUCCACACUCUAUUGAGGCAGAAGACCGCCAGCUUUGAGGAAGCGAGUCACCAGCUAAUAAAUCACAUUGAACAGUUUUUGGAUACUAAUGAAACACCAUAUUUUAUGAAAAGCAUGGACUGCAUCAGAGCCUUCCGGGAAGAAGCUAUUCAGUGUUCAGAAGAGCAGCGCUUUAACGAUUUCCUGAAAGCCCUUCGAGAAAAAGUGGAAAGUAAACAAUUAAAUCAUUUCUGGGAAAUUGUCAUUCAAGAUGGAAUUACUCUGAUCACCAAAGAUGAAGCCUCUGGAAGCUCUGUCACAGCUGAGGAAGCCCAAAAGUUUCUGGCCCUCAAAGAAAAUCCAAGUGAAGACGCAGCAGCUGCACUUGAAGAAGGCGGUGACGUGGAUGAUUUACUGGACUUGAUAUAGAUCCUGGAUGUGUGGGGAUCUGCGAGCCUUACCAUCACUGUCGUGCUGAGAGUUCUACACAGAACAAUGUGGAGGAUGCCAUUCAAGGCGACCGGAAGGAAGCUCUGGAGUUGGUCCCUGCAGGUUACCUGGAAGUGAAUCACCUGAUUCUCUAUGCAAUAAAUAUAUACAUAUGAGUAUAUAAGGGCUAUUUAGACCCCAUACACGUUCAUAAAGAGAUAUUGUUGUUUUCUGAUUGAUACAUUAUUUCUCUUGUGGUCUUACUGAUCUCCAUGUAUAAUACACGUGCUUUGAAGCUUACUCCUGGAAAAUGGACUUCCUCCAGACGUGGUGCUUUAGUGAGGAUUGCAGCCCUCAGGAAGUUACCUCACCCAGAACUAUGGCCUGGUCAUUGGUGAGUUUCCAGUCCUCCCCAGGAGGUAUAGUCCGUUGUCUGUUCGUGUCACAGCGAUCACAGUUCACCCUGAUCAAACA